AUGGGUACUCCCGGUUAUUUUCGUCGCAAUAGUCCCGGGAUGCGCCGCCUAUCUCCUCUCUAUAGCAAAAAACUGCAUUUUUUUCGAAAAUAUGUGAUCAAAAAAAGCAGAUCGGGUAUAGAAUCCUCUUCCGGGACAAUUCGCCGCGGCACGAUUAGCAAUCCCGUUGAAAAAGGCAUCGGUCACGAUAUUUGCGAGAUUUCCUCCUCCUUGGGAUGCGUAGCACGGCCCGGCCUGACACCCAUCCCCGCAGUAUGCGUCCCCUGUGCCGCAAUAGCCGAACCGGCUACAGCACAGGUUGUUGGUACAACCGCAGUUCUGGGCCGAGGUCCAUUGGGCCCCGGCGACCAGAAGAAAGGCCAAGGCAAGAAGCCCGUUAAUUGGGGGAAGAGAUUUUUUUGUACACCUCAAGUUAGCGCCCGGAUCAACUCGGAGUUGAUUACAAUAGUCUCUAAAGUAAUUAACUCGGGCGCUGACCGCGUUCGGGUUUCUCCCAUUGCACUCCAUGCUAUUAAUGGCACGAAUCGUGGACCCGAAGCCCUGGCCCGAAGUGAUCCGAUUGUGGCAGUUGUUCAUCCAAAACCACAAAGCGGUCCUGAAAGAUAUAACGGGGUCUCUAGCCACAAUGUCUGGGUUGUUCAGCCCGUCGAACCCGAUGCUCCGGCCCGCCGGGCCGUAGUUGUAGUUCCACGACAGCUGUAA